UGCCUUCAGCUCGGAGCGGGUUUAAUCCACAAACCGCUGAGCCGGGACUAGGAUGUAACUGCAUGAUGCUGUUGGUCUGGGUACUGUUUUAUUUCACUCCGUCUCCAGCCGGAACCGAGGAUAUCGGGACAAGUCGCCAGACCAAUGACAACCGUCUACCAGUGCCCAGCCAGUGUGCGAGUGGUGUCACGGAGCAGGGCCACUACACAGGGUCAGCGGCACGCACGGUGACAGGCGAGGAGUGUGUGAAGUGGACGGAGUUCCCGGACUAUGUGGAGCAGUAUCCCCACCGCGGUCUGGGUGACCACAACCUGUGCCGCAACCCUGAUGGAUCGCCGGCUCCAUGGUGCUUCUACAGGAGGACCAGCGGCUCGGUCAGCUGGGCCGAGUGUGACUGUCGACACGGUGCCGUGCGACUGAGUGGAGGUGCCUCCCCCCGUGAGGGACGGGUGGAGUUAUUUUGGGAUGGAGAGUGGGGUACGAUUUGUGACACCACCUGGGACAGCAGAGAUGCCACCGUAGCUUGCCGUCAGCUCGGCCUGAGUGAGAUAGGCGUUGGUAGGAGGAAUUCGCCCUUUGGCCCUGGGCUGGGUCCCGUACACAUGGCUAUGGUUCACUGUGAUGGGGAUGAGGUGGCCUUGGGCCAGUGCAGACACAGCAUGAUGGCAGGCAGCAUCUGCGGGCAGGACCACAAUGCUGCCGUUGUGUGCGGGCUACCAGAAGGUACCGUGAUGCCCAUUCGCCUGGUCGGAGGCAAGGAACACUAUGAGGGGCGCGUUGAGGUCUACCACCACGGGCAGUGGGGCUCGGUUUGCGACGACCAGUGGGACGACCUGGAUGCAGAAGUGGUUUGCAGACAGAUGGGUUUAAGUGGAACGGCCAAGUCUUGGAUGUGGUCUCAUUUUGGUCAGGGCUUGGGUCCAAUCCUGUUGGAUGAAGUUGAAUGCACGGGCAACGAGCUGUCUAUGGACGAGUGCAGGAGAAGCAACUGGGGGGAGCACAACUGUGACCACUCAGAAGAUGCUGGAGUCUCCUGCGACCCAUUUACAGACGGAGCGGUGCGGCUGCAAGGAGGCAGAUCCUCCAGUGAGGGCAGGGUGGAGAUCUAUCGCAAUGGAGUCUGGGGCACAGUGUGUGAUGACAAGUGGACUGAGCAGAAUGCUGAGGUGGUCUGCAGGCAGCUGGGACUCAGCGGUCCAGGGAUGGUGGCUCCGGAGGGUCAGUUUGGAGAGGGCAGUGGCUUCAUCUUCCUGGAUGACGUGGUCUGUGGUGGGACUGAGCUGGACCUUCUGGGAUGUGGCCGGAGUAACUGGGGUCAGCAUGACUGCUCACACCACGAGGAUGUCGGUGUGAUCUGUGUACAGGAGACCAACAAGGUGACCGCAUCUCAUUCAGGGCCUGCCAUCAGACUGGUGGAUGGAGAGAACAGCAAGGAGGGGAGAGUGGAGGUGUACGUCGGCGGGGAGUGGGGCAGCAUCUGUGACGACGGGUGGACUGACAAUGAUGCUCGUGUUGUGUGCAGGCAGUUGGGUUACAGUGGCCCGUCCAAGGCGAGAACGAUGGCGUAUUUUGGGGAGGGGCGUGGACCCAUUCACCUGGACAACGUGAAGUGUACGGGCCAGGAGCCCUCGUUGGACGAAUGUGUAACGCCAGGCUAUGGUAUCCAUAACUGCUGGCACAGUGAAGAUGCAGGAGUCAUCUGCGAUUACCAGGAGGAUCCACUGGAGGAACUAGCGAGCAGUGGCUCAUUGCACUCAGUGUGUGGCCUGCGUUUCAUGAAGCAUCGCAGGAAGAGGAUCAUUGGUGGCAACAAGUCCAUCAGGGGUGGUUGGCCAUGGCAGUCCUCGCUGCGACUCAGGACGUUGAGCCGAGAGAGCCGGCUACUGUGUGGAGCCACUUUGAUCAGCAACUGCUGGGUCCUGACGGCAGCUCACUGCUUCAAGAGGUUUGGGAACAACACGAAACGUUACUUUAUUCGAGUUGGUGAUUACCACACAGGGGUGGAGGAUGAAUAUGAGCGGGAGAUCCCAGUGGAGAUGAUCGUGGUACACAGGAAGUACAAGCCAGACAGCAGUGACAAUGAUAUCGCGCUGGUGAGAGUGAAGGGCAGAGACGGACACUGCAUGACCUUCAAUCAGCACACGUCGCCUGUCUGCUUACCCAGUAGAAAGGAGAAGCACAAAGUAAACAGGCAAUCCUGUUACAUCACCGGCUGGGGAGAUACAGGCCGCUCCUACUCCAGAACGUUGCUGCAAGGCUCGGUGCCCUUGCUGCCAAGGGGCGCGUGUGAAGGUCGCUACAGGAGCAAGUUCACGGCCCGGAUGAUGUGUGCGGGAAACCUGUCGGAACACAAGCGGGUGGAUAGUUGCCAAGGAGACAGCGGUGGCCCGCUGGUGUGCCAGCGUACAGGUGGGCACUGGGUCAUCAUGGGCGUGACCUCCUGGGGCUACGGCUGUGGAAGGAAGGACUCGCCUGGAGUUUACACCAAAGUCUCCAAGUUUGUCAACUGGAUCAAGAAAGUGACCGAUACUAACGUGAGAACUCAGGCCCUUGGCUCUAAAGCCAUGAGGUAGGGCUGGACAAUCAAAGCCAGGAGACUGGACUAGUUCUUGCUCAUGUGCACAAAGCUGGGCUCUCAUUAGUAUUCAUGCACUGUGGUGGUCUGGUGCUGGUGUUACAUCUGCAGACUUGCACUCACAAGCUGGAGAGACGAGUAUAAAGGCCGGUACGUUGCUGGGGACUUGGCUGAAGAACGGGCCCGACCCAAAACAUCACCUAUCCGUGUUCCCCAGAGAUGCUGUCUGACCCGCUGAGUUACUCCAGCACUUUGUGUCUUUUUUUUAACGUCAGUUAAUUCUGGAGCACGAUGCUUGUGUUAGUAAUGGCGUUAGUGUUGUUGAAACCUCACCUGGUUGUCCAGGGGAGGAUAUCUGCUGUCUGUGUCCAGGGGAGGGAUAUCUGCUGUCUGUGGCCAGGGGAGGAUAUCUGCUGUCUGUGGCCAGGGGAGGAUAUCUGCUCUCUUUGCCUGUGCGUGAGACAGUUUCCCCAACAUGGUGACACCAUUGAGGAAGGCUGGAAUGGCACUCACUCUCACACACACACACACACACACACACACACACACACACACACACACACACACACACACACACACA